UCCUUCCCUCACCUAAAUUUCAUUUAAAAUUUUAUAUAACAUAUAGUUUUGUGCCAUUUGGUUGAAUGUGUUGGUUGUGUUCGAAUUUUAUUAAGGCAAGCUAUUGAAGCAAAGUUCAAAAUUUCCGUCUUAUGAAAUUCCAAAUUAGUCCUCAUUUGGGCACUAAGACCACCACUACCAACACCGAGGUUGUAAGCAGCAACCUCUAACACACUCAGCAGUUCCAGCAUCCUCAACGAUCCUUUAAAGUGCCGUCUUCCACCUGAUGAUCUCUGAGAUUUGCCUGCAGUUCCAUUUGAUGCGACAACUUCACGUUCAGUGGUCAAACAAUUGGCAGCAGUCGAGGAUUGUUCAUAACCUUAGCAAGAUAUCCAUCGAAAUCCACGCAGCAUGUUGAACUACUAUGAGUACUUUUUGCCCGGAAUCUAUGACUAUCCGGUGACUCAUAGUGCCGAGGAUACAUUCAGUGCCUAUUAUCUAGAUCCCAUCCUGGCCAGUGGCUCAUCUCCAUGGUCGAUUUCCAGUGCCACCUAUGUGGCUGGACCGUUGGGCGUGAUCAACUACCUGUCGGAUGUGCAAACCCACUUGGCUCUGCCGAUCAGCCAAAAUCUGGUAAUCGGUGGUAACCUAAUCUAUACGACCCUCAGUUCCGGUACCCUGGAUUCCUAUCCACAUCAGUCGCACCAUGACUACUCGCAAAUGGAGGAGGAUGGUGGGUACGGGUAUGAGUUUCCCCAGCUGAAUCUCUGCCUGGCCCAUUUCAUUUCCGGUUCCGAGGGUGAAAGGGAGCCAGUGGAGGAAUCCCAUAUGGAUCAGUCGGCUGAUUCCCAGUGUUUUGCAAAGAGUAACUCAUCUGUGGAGAUCAGCGAGCAGUCGGAAUCCGGGGAAUCUGUUCAAUCCGAAGAAGUGCCAAAAAAGCAAAGGAAGGUAUCUCAUAAACGCACCUAUGAAGCCGAACAGGGUUACCUGGUCGAGGAACCCACCAGUGAACUUUCUGAGGAGGAUGCCGAGGAACUGCUACCCACAUCCAGGAAAUAGAUACUCCUUCAGUUGCUCCUUUUCAUUUGCGAGUUAAUUUGCACUUAAUUGUGUUAAGUUCAAAUUCGAGCAGUUGCAAAAAUCGACCAAAGAUGCGUGUUCAGAUGUAUGCAAUUGUGUAGAAUUGUAAAAGCUGUUCAAAUUUCAUUUAUCGUGGCAAUUUGAUAGUGAGCACAAUAUAUAUAUAUUUUAUAAAAA